AUGCAAAUGAGGUGGACGACCAGCUGGGCAGGGCGAGGCCGGGAGCGCAGAGAGGAGCCGGGCGAAGUUGGAGAGAUGCUGCGCGGGGGUGCUCCGCUGAGUCGGGGUUGAGCCUUCUCGGCUCGACCCCCUUUCUCUGGCGCCGGUGGGAGCUGGAGGAAACCCUCGAGGGAGAGGAUGAUCCCGGUCUCGGAGCGAAGCGAGGUGGCUUGGGCGCCGGCAGGCAAAGACAAAGACUCUUCUGCAGCUCUGUAUAAGCGAGGCAGCUUGCUGGGCAAAGGCGGCUUCGGCACUGUUUAUGCUGGCCAAAGAAUUGCGGACGGAUUGCAGGUGGCGAUCAAACACGUGGCUAGGAACAAAGUGGCCGAGUGGGCACAGCUGCCUAAUGGGACAUUGGCACCUCUUGAAGUGGUGUUGACGAGCCUUGUGUGUUCAGGCAGCGGCCACCGUGGUGUCAUCCGCCUCUUGGAUUGGUACGAGACGCCGGAAGGCUUCUUCAUGGUCCUAGAGAGGCCCGAGCACUGCCAGGACCUCUUUGACUAUGUGACGGAGCACGGACCCCUGCCUGAGAAGCUCUCCCGCCACUUCUUCCACCAGGUGGUAGAGGCCGUCAGCCACUGCCACGCCCAAGGGGUGGUUCACCGGGACAUCAAGGAUGAGAACAUUUUGGUGGAUGUCCGCAGCGGCAGCCUCAAGCUGAUCGACUUUGGGUCGGGGGCCUUGCUGAGAGAUUCUGUCUACACAGAAUUUGAUGGUACUCGGGUCUACAGCCCGCCGGAAUGGGUGGGAUUCCAGCAUUAUCACGCCCUUCCAGCAGCCGUCUGGUCACUGGGAGUCCUACUGUACGACCUGGUGUGCGGAGACAUCCCCUUUGAGCGGGAUGAGGAGAUCAUGAAGGCCAGCGUGAAGUUCCACCUGCCUGUCUCUGCAGACUGCCAGGAUCUCAUCCGAUGGUGCUUAUCUCCAGAUCCCUCCAAGCGGCCGACCUUAGAGCAAGUGCUUCUUCACCGGUGGCUGAAACCAGACCCCCUUCUUCAGCCUGAAGAAAUACUCACCUCAGCCCCUCCCCGGGGCACCGCUGCUUCUAAGAGUAGCGGCUGAGGGUACCAAACGUUGCCUCCUGCCCCUUCUGAGGCGGCGGGAAGGGUGGUGCUAACGGUACCAAAUGGACCUCAGGGCAGCCAAACUUGGUCACUGGCUGAUGAAAAGUUAAUCUGGUUCUACAGGUUUCUUUACUGACUGCACUUGUGGGCAAGAAGGGAAGCUGAACUGGGCAGAAAGCAGUCGGCCACUCUCAGAGUCCCUCCACCAUUCAAAUGAUGUUUGUUCUCUGGCUUUGCCCAGACCCCCAGACAUCUGAGUUACAUGUAAAUACUUGUGUAUUGAUAUUUGCCCCAGUCCCUGCGGCCAUCUUGGGGAGGAGUCCAGGGUCAAAUUCUAGUUGUACCCCGGUUUGUGUUUUACCCUAUGGGGUUGACCAGUAAAGCAAAAUAACUUUUUGUAUAUGUUUGGUUUACAGUUAAUGUGUGCUUUGUUUCGUUUUAAUUUUAUUUGUUGAAAUGUUGUACAGAGGAAUGCUACCUGCCGGUAAAAUCUGUACAGAAAUCUUAUUUAAUAAAAAAGAUGACUUUGUGAAACUGA